AUGUCAGACCUCACAGAGUACAAUGUAGUAGUAUUCACUCGGAGCGAUGGUCAGGAUUAUGGACCGGGGUACUGGCCAGCCCCUACAGAUGCGGCGGCCAAGAACGCGAAGAAGACCACCCAAGAAAAGACACCAAGAGCGAAGCCUCAGAUGGUUCGACUGACCGAAGACGACCCAAGGUUUCAGGAGUGGCGUAUAAAGCUGGGGAUAUUGUUGAAGCAAGAACUUACACCUACAGAGGGUCUUCCUUGGCUUGUCAAUUUCCCGCGUGGGUACUGGCUGUAUGAGAAGUCGAAGCACCUCUGGGUUUCUGGACACCCGGAUAGGUCGAGGCCUCUCUACAAGAGCCCGCAAGAGUUCGGUAUCCAUCUGCUGUGGCUCCUCUCGAACUCGAAUGACCGCAAUGACUGCCGCUGCGUUCACUGCAACACUCGAGAAAUGCCGAAUAUCGACGGGCUGAGCGUCGUGGAUGGGCCUCGGGCCCUGCCGACGGCGACAAACACGCAGCCCCCAUCCAAAAUCCGUAAGAUCACGCCGCAGAUACCGCCAGGCACAACCGCGUCCCCUGUUCCUGCAGCAGCGGCGACUCCUCCAGCCGUGAAGAGAGAGACACCUGUGCCAGCGCCCACAACCGCGGCGAAAAAGGAGACACCGAUACCGGUUCCGACGAUACCCUUACGUGCUGCCCCGGCCUCUGCCCCAGCUCAAACGCCAGCUCAGGCGCAGCCUCCUCUGCAACAGCAGCAACCCCGAUACCAGCAUCAGCACCAAGCGCUGCCGAGUCAAGCGCCUCCGGCCCAGACGCAAGGACAGCCUCCAAACCAGGCUCCCGUCCAGCCCCAAGCUCAACCCCAAGUUCAGGCACAAGUGCAACAUGCCAACCAGGCUCCGCCCCAAGCUCAACCUAUGUAUCAACAGCCACAGUUCUUACCCUACCCGCAACCUCAUCUGGGAAUACAAGCCCCGACUCUGUUCCGUGUCGGAGAGCUGGUCUGGUUCCAGAUAGCGUCUGGCUGGCGUCUAGGCAUCGUAGCCGUAACUCCCACACCCACCAACCCAAAGCCCGGCGUCAAGCCCGAGCUCCAGAUUCUUCCAAUGUCCCACCAGCUCUUCAACCAGUCGCCGAUCCAGACCCUGGAAGCAACAGCACGCCCAUUUUUGGCCUUCUCUGUGCCCAACGUCAGCAUCCCGGAGCUGCAGAACAAGGCAUACGACGAGGUCAACUGGGAAGCCUUCCUCCGCAGUCUUACCCCCGAGGACACUCAUCGUCGCGAGGUGGCACUGCUCGAUUCAUCAAAGAUGGCGGCCCAAAAGGUCGGCGUGUCAUUCUCCGUCUUCAGUCGUCUCGGCGAGAACGAAGGCGGCAAGAAGGUCGACUACCACGGCAUCUUCCUUGGCGCUGAGCGCAUCGAGCUCGGCGACGUCCUCCGCGUCCGCAUCUCACCAGAACAGAACCUCCCGCCCGCGGCCAACAACCUCCCCGACGCGCUGCUUGCCCUCCGCGAGAUCUGCACCGCGCCCAUUGACGUGCCCGGCAUGGCCUUCUUCAAGGGCGACAUCUACCAGCCCCUCUCGGGAGACAACGCCCCAGCCACCGAUGCCGCCAUAACCGUGCCGGAAGACAAGCUCCCGCGACCGCUUCGCGAGGAGAUGGUAUUCCGCAAGAAGUUUGCCCCCGCGGACCGCUGGCGCUGCGUUCUGCUCAAGCAGAACGCCGUCCUCCGCGAGCCGGAUCUCAAGGGCCGCUUCUACGCCACGCAUAGGCUGCUGCCGCUGCUCGACGGUCAGGCCAAGGCAGCGUCCGAGGCACAGAAGGGCAUAGUGCGCGACGUGCAGCAGCGGCUCAACCAGCGCAUCGACACGUUCAAGACGGCCUACAUCGGGCAGAAACGCACUCGCGCCGAGACCAUCGGCCCCGCGCUGCCCCCAGGAAGCGUCCUCCAAUUUGAGGCAUCCGUGCGCGAGGAGGGCGCUUAG